AUGACGUCGAAAUUGGAACAAGACCUUAAAAAAUAUCUCAAAUAUAUAAAAGAAGAAAUUUAUAAUCAAGAUCUCAAGGAAGUAAAAUUAACAUAUGAUCAAUUUAAUAAUGAAUUAAUGAAAUCCAUGCUAACUUAUGAUCAAAAAGAUAGCAUACAAAAGCAACUUCUCAUAAAUGAUUGGAUAAUCGACAAAUCAGUAUCUAUCGCUAUUGAUGAAUUUAGCUUAACAAACUUUGAAGACACAAUUAAAAUUGUAUUAAAAAUAGUUAAUG